AUGUUUAUAAAAGUAGAUUUAACUUCUACUUUAAGACCUGUCUUAGUGGAAGGAGAAACGAUUCUUGCAAUACAAGAUAACGUUGGACUUUAUGAUGGUAAUGAGAAGGCAGCUAAAUAUAUGAGUGGAAAUGUAUAUUUAACCUCACACCGAAUUAUUUAUGUUGAUUCUGAACGACCAAAGGAUAAUUCUAUUGGAGUCGAAAUUAGACUUAUUAAGGGUAGAGAAUUUUAUGCAGGCUUUGUUAAAUCUUCACCAAAAAUAACACUAAAAUUUUCAGAUUCCAAUAAUAAUUUAAGUCCCAGUUCCAACAAUAAUCCGUAUUUAUCAUCACCUUCAGCUUCUACAUUAUCAUUUCAAAAUACUCUUUCUUCUACUUGGAUAUGUACAAUUUGUUCUUUUUCAAAUAAAUCACAAAAUACUAAGUGUCAACUUUGCGGUGUAAAAAGGCCAGAGAAUCUUAAUUCUAGUACGCCUCCAUCUAGCAUUUCUUCUUCCUCUGGAAUUUUCUCUCAGCAUACAACAACACAUCAAGAUUCACAUGAUAACAAUGUUGAAGCUGACGAAAGUGAUGGCAUAGCAUGUCCACAAUGUACAUUUUUAAAUCACCCUUAUAUGAUCAAUUGUGAGAUGUGUGAAGCAAAAUUGAAAACUCUUGAUAUUGAUGAUGAGAUAUUUAAAGAAGACUUUGUGAAAUUGGCUUUUCGUAAUGGAGGUGCUAUCGCUUUUUAUGACAAAAUGAAACAAGCGAUGAAUAUGAAAGGAUGGGAAAAACCCGUAGAAUCUACUAAACCUCCUGCAGAUUUUGAUCCUGUUCGCGGAGGAAUUAGUGGUAUAAUGCGUAAUGCUGAAAAGAACAAAAAGGAACAGGAUGAAUAUUUGAAUCAAGCAUUUAAAGAUAUGGAAUCAUUGAAAACGAUAACGGAAGAAAUGGUUAAACUUGCACAAUCAAUUAAUAAUAGAUUAAGUAAAGAAUCAGCAGAAUCCGGGGCUUCAGCCGAUGAAAUUACCGCUUUUAAAACCGAUUUGUUUAAGCUUGGUAUCACAAAGGAUGAAGCUGGUUCAACCUACCAUCAAGAACUAGCAAGAGAACUUGCAGAAUUCUUAGAAAAUGUAUUGGUCAAAGAUGAUAAAAUGAUGUCUUUAACAGACAUUUAUUGCAUAUUUAAUAAGGCUAGGGGAGUUGCAUUGAUUUCCCCUAGUGAUUUACAAAAGGCGUGUUCUUUAUUUGAACGAUUAAACUUACCUUUCAGAUUGAGAAAAUUUGAAAGUGGAUUUUUACUGGCUCAUAGCGAUGAUCAGAUAGCACAACGUGUUCUAGAAUGUAUUCGAUCAAAGGGAUCAUUAAGUGCUAUUGAGCUUGCUUCAAUGGAACAGAAAAGCGUAGUCUUAGUAAAUGAACAAUUACAGAUGGUGGAGGCCAAAGGACUCAUUUGCAGGGAUGAAAGUGUUGAAGGAAUUCGAUAUUAUGAUAAUUUAAUAAUAAAUUACGUUUGGAAAGGAAUUAAUUAA